AUGGUAGCGUUGCCAUGGCGGAGAUGGUUGAACUCGGUGGGAGGAGAGGUCCGAGUGCGGUUCGCACCCAGUCCAACUGGACAUCUUCACCUUGGAAGCUUGAGAACGGCGUUGUACAACUUUUUAUUCGCUAGACAUCAUAAAGGAUCUUUCAUCCUUCGCAUAGAAGACACCGACAGAGCACGAAUAGUUCCUGGCAGUGUUAGCAGCAUCGAAAGGAUACUGGAUCAUUACGGUUUACAUUACGAUGAAGGGCCUCGAAAAGGAGGAAAUUAUGGACCUUAUCAGCAGUCCGAAAGGCUACCACUGUAUAAGGAUGCUGUGAAUCAACUAAUUGACUCUGGGCACGCAUACCGCUGUUUUUGUUCGGAAGAUCGUUUAGCAUUGCUUCGCAAAGACGCGGCGAGGCGAGGAGAAACUCCCAAAUAUGACAGGAGGUGUCGCACCAUAGAGGAAGGCGAGUCGCGUGCACGUGUUGAUGCUGGAGAGCCGUUUGUGGUUCGUCUGAAGCUUGACAAACAAGAUGUUUCCUUUGAGGACGAAAUUUUUGGUCCAGUAGAUCAGUGCAUCGACGAAAGUGACAUGGUACUCCUAAAAAGUGAUGGAUUUCCCACAUAUCACCUCGCAAACAUAGUAGAUGAUCGAGCCAUGCACAUCUCUCACGUCAUCCGUGGAAUGGAAUGGUUAAGUAGUACGGGUAAACAUGUGCUUUUGUAUAAGGCGUUUGGAUGGCCAGCACCAAAAUGGCUUCACCUUUCCCUCAUAACUCGAGAUGGCAAGAAGAAACUUUCUAAAAGGGAUAAGGAUGCGUUCGUGGAUUACUAUGAGCAGGAACUGGGUGCACUUCCAAGCGCUGUUUUGAAUUUGCUCAUUCGAAAUGGCAGUGGAAUCCGUGACUUCAACACCGCUCAUCUCUAUAGCCUUGAUGAAAUGAUAGCAAAUUUCGACGAGCACUGCAUCGGGAAACGCAACCUACAGCUCGACCGGGAGGCUCUAGAUAGAUAUGGCCGGAUGGCCUUUCAAAUGUCAGACUUUGAGACAGACUUGUUACCUGCAAUAGUUCGGUUAAUCAAGCGUGACUUGUCACAUGUUCAAGUACCAGACGUUGAUCACCUGAGAAAGGUAGUGGACUUUCUAAAAGCAAAUGAGGAAAGCUUUGCGUUUUUAUCUUCUCUGACGAAGGGAGAUUUCCAAUGGCUCUUGAUGAAACCUACAUCAGCUGAACGAGUCUUGACGGUGUUCGACCGAGAAACUGCUCUCGAAUUUCUGACGUAUCUCCAAGAUUGUGAAUCUCUUGAUCUUGAUGGACUGAAAAGAUCAGCAGAACACCACGGAUGGCGAUACACUAAGCUUCUUGCCCUAAUCCGAGUAAGCUUGAUCGAUAGUACGAAGGGACCACCUAUCAAAGAGUUAGUGUCGUUUUUCGGUGUCGAAGAAUGCCGGAAGCGAUUCAGUGACCUGAUUGACUUUAUCCAUUCCUAUUCAGCUAGUUCGGUUAUGAAUGAAUAA